AUGAUUGCAUAUCGUGUCUAUUCAAUUCUUAGUCAAUGAUAAAAGCCAGACAAAUAAGGUUAAAUGUUCAUAUUAUACUGUGCAAUGUAUAAAUAGUAAACAGAUUAGCAGCAGAUUGUCUUUAUAUUUUGUGAACAUAAAAUAAUAUACGAUCUAUUCAUACAUUGCAUAUAUUAUCUAUAUAUUAUAAUAAUAACUCGUGAUUUUUUAAAAUAUCAAUAUGAGGCCACAAGUAAUUGACACGAAAACUAAUUCUCACGCAUCCGGGGAAGCUGAUGAAUGCCUUUUCGAAUAUUUACACGCUGAGAUAGUUAAUUAUACUCUGAGUAAAUCAUGUAAAAAUAAGGAAGGGGAAGAAGAGCUGUCUCGACUAGAAUGGAUGGGAUUCAGUGUUGGCUACAGAAUCAUUGAACGAUUGACGAGGGAAUGGAAUCGAUUUAAAGAUGAAUUGGAUAUGAUAAAAUUUAUUUGUACUGAUUUUUGGUCUGGUCUUUAUCAUAAACAAAUUGAUAAUUUAAGGACAAAUCACCAUGGUGUAUAUGUAUUACAAGACAACUCAUUUCGGUUAUUGAAUAAAGUAGGUACUAAUAGUAAUAAACAAUAUCUUCAGGAAAGUCCUCGUUUAUUGACAUUUACUUGUGGACUUUUAAGAGGAAGUUUAGCUAAUCUCGGAAUUAUUAGUACCGUUAAUGCAGAAAUUUCUACGUUACCAAGUUGUAAAUUUCAUGUACAAGUUCAAAGAAUUUAAUGCUCGUAAAUACAAUGCAAAAUCAUGUUCAAUAAAAGUUAAUACAUAUUACAAAAUAAUAUCUAACGACUAGGUUUUUCAUAAAAAUCAGAUAAUCAGAAUAUAACGUUUCGUCUAGUUGUAACAACAGGUAGUGCGUUAAAACGUACAUUUGAUUGAAAUUUCAUAAACCAUAUAUUUUAAUGCAAGAUAAUUUUUAUAAGGAUUUAUUUAUUAAAAGUAUAUAUAUAUAUAUAUAUAUAUAUAUAUAUAUAUUUUUUCUACAAAUAUGUAAAAUUGAUCAUAUGAUAAGUUUCACAUUUUUUUCAAAAUGAGUACCUAUAUACCUUAAAUGUAUUGUAUAAUGUUUAAUUUAAAUGCAUAAAAUAACCGGAGAUGCUAGUUAUAAGUAUCCAAGUAUAUACAUCCAAUUUUACAGCUACAGAGUAUAAUAAAAGUAAAAAUUAUGAAAAACAUAAUUAUAAUGAAACAAACGAGUAAGAUAAUCUUAAAAGUAGUUUAACAAUUGUAUGUUAAUGUUUAAGACCUGAUACAUCGAAUGAUUAUUAGAUGUUGUAUCCAUUAUUUUUAGUAAUAAAAUUCAAAAUAUGAAA